AUGCCGAAAAAGCUCCUCCAGCAAGAAAGCAUCUUCGAUCCCCUUGAGAAGUACCACCUGUCGCAUGGCGAAUACCACUACAUCCUGCUGAAAAGGAUCAACGUUAUCUCCUUCGAAACAUUUGAAUUCGAGAGCCAGUUCCUCUUUUUCGAGAACUUCAUGCGAUAUAUUCCGGGAACAAGCACGCGUUCGGAGAUCUUCAAUGCCAUGGAUGAUAUCAAGAUCAUCAUCGACCUAAUUUAUGAAGAGCACAAAGACAUUGAACAGUACUAUGCUGGACACAGCAUUCAGUACCAUAUGGACUACUUGCUCGAAAUGUCGAUCAAUACCGAUGCGUGA